AUGUUGAGAAGUGAGGAGAUGCGCUUUGGUACCCUAGUGUUACCGCACGAGUUGGCCAAGGAAUACAUUGACACUCUGAGCAGAAACACGCAUAUGCAAUUCAUUGAUAUGAACGAACGCAGCAUGGAUAGGCCAUACAAGCAAUACGUACAACGUUUGGAUAACAUGGAACGCAUUCUACGCUUUUUGUACCAAGAAAUACACAACCUACCUGGGGCAUCAGGUAAACUGGUAGAAAGCAAUAUUGACGAAUUCCUCAAAACAGAUCAUCUCUGUAAACUAGAUCAGGUAGAGGAAAGUUUACUUAAACUAUAUGAACAAUUUGUGAAAUUUAAGAAUAAUAAUAAAAUACUGAUGGACGAGUUAGACCAGGCGUAUCGGGAACUGGCGGUCAUGAAGGCGGCCCAAAAACACCUAAGCAUAAAAGUAUGCUCUAGCGACGAUUCGUACGAAAUAUCUGAAACACAAGGUCUUGUGGGUAAGGGAUCAAUUGAAUGCAACCUAACAUUCUCAAAUGUAGCAGGUGUGCUUCCUACAUCUUCAAAAGCUAACUUUUCAAGGGCACUAUUUAGAGCCAUGAGAGGCAACGCUUACACUAUAUUUCAGGAUGUUGUAAUGGAUUCUACGGAAGGGAAACAUGCUAUGGAUGGGCUGGAUGUAUUUGUUGUCUAUUGCCAAAUAUCCCAGCAUUCAUUGAUGUACAAUAAAAUUGUGAAGCUCUGUACAGCUUUCAAUGCCGAAUUAUUUCCAUGGGUAAAAGACGUGGACGAGAGUGUCAAACGUAGCUCUGAACUAAAUGAGAUUAUAGCAGAUAAGCAGAGGGCCUUGACAGCUUAUGAAAAUUAUUUUAUUGAGGAAAUUGGAUGUCUAUUGGAAACUAGUAGGGAGGGGGGCAAUUCAGUAAUUGAAGAAUGGCGCCUCUUUUGUAAAAAGGAGAAAUUGUUGUAUUAUGUGCUAAACCACUUCCAGGGCAGUGACGUUAUGCUUAGAGCCGAUUGCUGGUUCCCUGUGGAAGAGGAGGAGCAUAUUCGGCGAGUAUUGACGUCGCUAAAGAGUAAUGAUAGGGUUUCCGCAUUGCUAUUAACAUGUGAAAAUGCAGAUACAAAUAUCUCAUCUGCCAUACCUCCCACUUGGUUCAAAGAGAACGCAUUUUUAAAUUGCUUCCAGGGUAUAGUGGAUACUUAUGGCAUUCCCAGAUAUAGGGAAAUUAACCCAGCGCCAUUUACAGCGAUAACAUUUCCAUUCCUUUUCGGUAUCAUGUUUGGGGACCUAGCUCACGGGAUUUGUGUAUUUCUAUUUGGAUUGGGUUUGAUCUUAUAUGCUAACAAAAUUGAGAAAAAAUUUUCCGCGAAAGAUGAUAAUUUAUUUGCCAUGAUAUUCCGUGGUCGGUAUAUGAUACUAUUAAUGGGUUUAUUUGCUAUCUACUGUGGGCUGGCCUACAACGAUGCAUUAUCGCUACCAAUUGGGCUAAUCAAAUCUAGGUGGGUUCAGAAAGAUGGUAAGAUGGUUAUGGGAGAUAAUUUCCCAAUCCCAUUCGGGUUGGAUGUGGCUUGGAUAGGGGCUGAGAAUGAGCAGGCCAUGCUUAGUUCCUAUAAGAUGAAGUUUGCUGUAAUUGUGGGGUUCUUUCACAUGCUUUUGGGAGUGAUUCUGCAUGGUUUGAAUGCAUUCUAUUUCCACAAUAAAUUGAAUUUCUAUUUCGAUUUCCUCCCUAAAUUACUGCUACUGGUGGCAUUUGUAGGGUACAUGGAUUUCUUGAUUGUAUAUAAAUGGCUUAUGCCAAUAGACACCCCCUUUAACAAGCCAUCCAUAAUCACUACAAUUAUCGAAAUGUAUAUGUUCAAGAAACUGAGUGACAAGGAGUUGAUGUAUCCCAGUCAACAGGUUGUGCAAUACAUUGUGGUGAUAUUAUGCAUGAUAUCAAUGCCAUUAAUGUUAUUGCCAAAACCCCUGUACUACUACAUUCUGAAUAGAUCUAAAAAGAGGAGAACUCCCAGCAUUGAAGAAACAAUUGUCGAAAUGGAGAGAGGAGGGGUUAAUUUUGAAGAGGCUGAACACGAGGAGGAAAGUGUUGCAGACAUUUUUAUCCAUCAAUUGAUUGAAACGAUUGAAUUUGGAUUGGGUGUUGUUAGUAACACGGCAUCUUAUUUGCGUUUGUGGGCAUUGUCACUGGCUCAUCAACAACUAUCCGCUGUGUUCUUCAAGCAAAUAAUAUUGAAUUCAAUGAAUAUGUCUGAUAAUAUCGUUGUAACGUCACUAUUGUUGUUCAUUGCGUCAAUCUUUUUCACAAUUGUUACGGUGCUGAUAAUUCUGUGCAUGGACUCUUUGGAGUGCUAUUUGCAUGCACUGAGGUUGCAAUGGGUGGAAUUCCAGAACAAAUUUUUUAAAGCCGAUGGGGUGUUGUUUCAACCUGUGGACCUCCGUAACAUAUUACCAGAUUAG